CAUCUCUCUCUGUGUGUGUGUGUGUGUGUGUGUGCAGGUCUGCAGCCGGUGUACUGGAGCCGUGAUGACGUGGCCCAGUGGCUGCGCUGGGCGGAGCAUGAGUUUGCGCUGCGCCCCAUCCCCAGCAGGAGCUUCCAGAUGAACGGCAAAGCCCUGCUGCUGCUCACCAAGGAGGAUUUCCGUUACCGCUCCCCGCACUCCGGGGAUGUUCUCUAUGAGCUUCUGCAGCACGUUCUGAAACAGAGGAAGCCCUAUGUGUCCUUCUCCUCCGCCUACUUUCCCGGAAAUUCAUUCCAUUCUGCCUCUGAGGCUGAGCUACAGCAUCCAAAACUAGAAGAAACGGUACGGCGAGCACCUCGAGGAUCAGACGGUCCCGCCCAGCAUCCCCCCACCAUUGAGCUGUGCCACCGGCACCGUUCCCGCUCACCCCAGCACCACCCCGGCCCGCGCCGCUCCCCGCCUUCGCUCCUCCAUCCUCAGCUCGGUGCGGCCGAGGACUCGCAGCAGGCGUCCUCGCAGCUGCCCGACAGCAACCACCACACGCCCGAGGACCUGUACCCGCUCUCCGUGUCUCCGGCGCAGCCUGCCAAUGGCCACUACGCGGCCACCCGCGACUCUGGGGCGCCCCGGGGGAGGAGCAGCCCCGGCGGGGGGCACGAGGAGCCGACGGCAGCAGCGCGGGUGAUCCAGCUGAUGCCUAGUGCGAUCAUGCACCCGCUGCUGCUCAGCCCGGGCAGGGCGGGCGCCGGGGGCGACUACCGGCACGGCCGAGGGGCAAUGCACGCCUCACCACACGAGAACGAGCGAGACGGGCAUGGUGGCAAAGGCGCAUGGCAGCAGCACCACACGCUGAGCUCGUCCCAUCACCACCCACACCAACACCAUCACCACCAGCUGGGCCAGAGCGGGCAUCCGCACCACCCGCAGGGGCACCACGCACACCACCAGGAGGAGGGGCGCUUCCGUAACCACGUCAUUGUGCCUGUCUCGCCGCCCGAGGACCAAGGGAUGCCCAUUGGAAGGAUAGCAGACUGCAGACUCCUCUGGGACUACGUGUACCAGCUCCUCUCGGAUAGCCGGUACGAGAACUACAUCCGAUGGGAGGAUCGCGAGACCAAAGUCUUCCGCAUCAUGGACCCCAAUGGCUUGGCCCGACUCUGGGGCAACCACAAGAAUAGGACCAAUAUGACAUACGAGAAGAUGUCAAGGGCAAUGAGACACUACUACAAACUUAACAUCAUCAGGAAAGAACCUGGGCAAAGACUUCUGUUCAGGUUCAUGAAGUCCCCGGAUGAGAUCAUGAACGGGACGUCGGAGCGUCUGGAGCACUUGGAGUCGGACACUGAUGAGCAGAACUAUGUGAAGGGAGAGAGCCCCAACAACGCCGCCUGCACGCGAGAGGAGGACUUUAAGCAAAUCUAUGUGAAGGAGGAGUGCUGAGCGGUGACUAGGAGACGUAUGGACUGUUAAUGCCACAGAUGCCUCCCUCACACGUGUGAACAAUCAGUCAUUCGGUCACUAGUGCGAAGCAUGCCAACCUGCACUCCCCUCUACUGGAGAGAAAGAGAGAAAGAGAGAGGGAGAGAUAGAUAGAUAGAUAGAUAGAUAGAAAGGAAGAGGAUGAGUAAACAGACACUUGUGUUUUAGAUCAAGCAACAAAACAUAAACAGCUAACUGAAAAGUGACAUGGCUGUCUUGCUUAUGAAAUCCUAUAGGUGGGGAGAGAGGAAAGACCUUUAUUUCAUCUGCCUUGCUUGUACAGAUGGCCUUUAGUCCAAUCAACGGAUUCACACUUUUUUGCUGAUUUUUUUGUUUUGUUCUUUUUUUCAGUUUUUAUUUUGAACUUGUGAAUAUUGAAUAAGGGUAUGACUAUUUGUGUUUUUAAAAAAGAGGGGUGAGAUGUUUUGAAACUAAUGCUGUUGGGACAAAUGGUUUCUGAAUCCACAAAUUUAUUUCUGAAAAUAAAUAUGGUCACUCCUGAGUCACUGUUGAAUUCAGUAAUGAUGACAAGGUUGACAGAGGAGAGAAUACCAAUAUAUAAUAUAUACACCUAAAUAAACAGUGCAUACAGAAAGUUUUCAAACCCUUUCAGGUUUCCCCACAUUUUGUUAUGUUUCAGACUCAUCUUAAAAUGGAUUAAAUUCAUUUUUCUCUCAUCAGUCUAGACACAAUACUCCACAAUGACAAAGCAAAAACAGGUCUUUGGAGUGCUUUGUUAAUUUAUUCCAAAUAAACGACUGGUAAUCCAUUUA